AUGAGCAGCAGACCAUUUGUCACUAUUUAUGAUGGUAUCACUGGAGAAGCUGAAAAAACACCAGUUAGACUUCCAGCAGUUUUUCUUGCACCAAUUAGAGGAGAUGUAGUUCAUUUCGUUUAUAGAAAUCAAAGUAAAAACACUAGACAACCAGAAGGAGUAUCAACUGAAGCCGGUAAACAACACUCAGCCAUUUCAUGGGGAACUGGAAGAGCUGUAGCUAGAAUUCCAAGAAUUAGUGGAUCAGGAUCAGGAAGAAACGGACAAGGUGCUUUUGGUAAUAUGACUAGAAAGGGUCAUAUGUUCUCUCCACUUAAGAAUUUCAGAAAAUGGCAAAGAAAAACACCAAAACAAAUGAGAAGAUUUGCUGUUGCUUCAUGUAUUGCUGCUUCAGCUGUUCCAGCUCUUGUUUCAGCACGUGGACAUCAUAUUGCUGGAGUACCACAAAUCCCAUUAGUUGUUAAUUCAAAAUCAAUUUCAGUUAUUAAGAAGACCAAACAAGCUGUUUAUCUCUUAAAGAAAAUUAAUGCUUAUUCAGAUGUUCUUAAAGUUAUUGCUUCAAAGACUGUUCGUGCUGGUCAAGGAAAAAUGAGAGGAAGAAAGAUUAAGGAAAGAAAGGGACCAUUAGUUGUUUAUGGUAAUGAUGAUCUUCAAGCUGUUAAAGCAUUUAGAAAUAUUCCAGGUGUAGAUACAUGCCGUGUUGAAAAUCUUUCAGUUCUUAAUCUUGCACCAGGAUGUCAUAUGGGUAGAUUCAUUAUUUGGACAGAAUCAGCAUUCAAGAAACUUAACACUAUCUUUGGAACUCAAAAGAAGAUGGCACAAGGUAAAUCAGGAUUUAGAAUUGCUCAUGCUCAAAUGGCUGUUCCAGAUAUGAAGAGAGUUGUUGUUGCUGCUGAAAAAGCUAAACUUCUUAGAGCUAAAAUUGUUUUACCAAAAGUACCAAAGAGAACAAAUCCACUUAAGAACUGGGCUGCUAUGGUCAAAUUAAAUCCAUAUGCUAAAAUUGCUUCACAUAAACUUGCACAAGUUGCUAAAGCACAAGCAGCACAUAAAGCACAAUAUGCAGCUAAAGUUGAAAAGAUUCUUGCAGCUAAGAAAGAAGCAUUAAAUCAAUCAGUUGCUAAGAGAUUUGUUAAAGCACAAAAAGUAGAUGGAAAGGUUGUUAAAGUAAAAGUUGAAAAUAAUCUUCUUAAAGGUACUGUUAAGAGAACUGCUAAACAAGCUGCUUAUAUGAAGAAGUAUGAUGGAAUCGUUAAGGCAAAUGCCAAGAAAUAUGCUGAAAAAAUUGGAUUCUAA